AUGGACGACAACAGUGUCCAUCUUUGGGUUCGCGGGCGCAAGUUUCUCUGCGUUGCGUGUCUCCAGCAGGGGGUGACACCUCGUCCCGCGUACCGCAAGGACGCAAUGGGUUCGCACUACGCGGAGGAGCACUUUGGCCUUUCCUUCCAGUGCCGCAAUUGUUGCAACAAGUUCGAAACCAACGGCCCCGUCAAGAAAAACAAGAAACCAAGAUCCGCGGCGGAGCAGCGGAAGGAGAAGGACUAUGCGGCGGCCGGGGCGCUACGCGGCGGCAGGGGCGACCGGGGCGCUAGACCGGAGCGCUACGCGGCGGCGGAAGGAACAGGGACGACCGGGGCGCUACGCGGCGGCGGAAGGCCGGAGCGCUACGCGGCGGCGGCGAGAGGGAAUCAAGGAAAGCGGCGCGGCGGCGACAGGGGAGGCCAGGAGACUGCGCCUCAGCAGAUCGUCACCAAGCCACGAUUUCGCCACGGACGAAAUCGUACCACCCCUUGUCUGGCCUGUUUUGCACAUUGCAGUAGCAAUAUUAUCACUGAAACCCUUUCUUUUCAUGCUGAAAUAGACAGAACUUUCCAUGUUAUGUCAAAUAGCUACAUGAAAGAAGGAAUGAGGACAAGUGUUGAAGCAAUCCUGUUGGUGCAAGAGCACAAUCACCCCCACAUUCUGCUGUUGCAAAUUGGGAAUACAUUUUGCAAACUUCCUGGUGGACGGUUGAAGCCUGGAGAAAAUGAAAUCGAGGGCCUGAAAAGAAAGCUGUCCAGCAAACUUGCAGUGAAUUCUCCUACUUUUCCACCUAACUGGCAGGUUGGUGAGUGUGUUGCUGUCUGGUGGAGGCCAAACUUUGAGACUGUGAUGUAUCCUUACUGCCCUCCGCAUAUAGCCAAGCCCAAGGAGUGCAAGAAGCUUUUCAUUGUUCACCUGACUGAAAAGGAGUAUUUCGCUGUUCCAAGGAACCUGAAGCUACUUGCUGUUCCACUGUUUGAGCUCUAUGACAAUGUUCAGUGGUACGGGCCUGUCAUUUCCACCAUCCCGCAGCAGCUGUCCAAGUUCCAGUUCAACAUGGUGAGCUCGUAAGGGUCAUGGGACGGCAACACAUCAAGAUGGACAUUUGACACCAAACCGGCUAAUCAACUUAGCAUGACUUGUUUAUUCAGUGACCAAGUUUUCAUGAAUUAUGCACAAGCUUAGUAGGCAUGCACUCCGACUGUCUUUUAUUUGGCGGUUUCUGUUAUUGCUAGAUAAUUUCUGGUUGUUCUGCUGCGCUGA